UCGUGAGCGUGCGAGCCUGCCAGCGGGCGAGUAGGCGGGCACCAUUCAAAUGACUUUCUGAGCGGUGGCAUCCAGCUGGUUCAGGCGCUACUGAGAUAUAGAGAGACAGAAUAUUUUAGCAGACUUCUUCAACUAUGAGACUGGCUGAAUAGAUAAGCAAAAGCGGAAGAGCAAGGUGAAAGCUGCUAGCGGUCAUGUUUCAAUAGCUGCCAAAGGAAAGCAAGUUGACUAAUAUAAGGCUUCUGACGCUGCAUAAACCAACUAGAUCAUGGCAAAAAGAUCAACAAGUCGGCCAAGUAGUAAAAGGGCUCAUAGAGGCAGUGCCCGAAAAUCUGCAAAAGGAAGCAGAAAAAAGAAAACAACAACAGAAAAAGCAAAUGAUGCUCCAGAGAGACCAACCAGUUCUCUGAUUUAUAAUCCACAGGUGGCACUAGAGGAAUUGUUGGAAAAGUACAAUAAAAUUUCAGAUGAUGAAGAAAUUGAUGGAAUUGUAACAGAAGUGUCUAAUUACGAAUCUAGAAGGGUGAAAAAGCAGCCAGUCAUUGCACGGAUGGGCCUUUCUAGAAGCAUCAGUCGAUUUGGAUUACCAAUGGAUUUAAAGGACCUGGAAGACUUUUCUCCCCAAGAAUACUUAAGAAGAUGUUGUUAUGUAUGCAAAAGGCGCCAAAACUACUACAAGAAGUCCUUUGAUAAAUUUGACAAGGACAGGGAUGGUUUGCUCUCGUUUAAGGAGAUGGAACGUGCGCUCAGUGACGUCUACACCAGUGACAUCUCGCCAGAAAAGGUUCAGCAGCUCACAGAGCUUAUCCUUGCCAAUGAUUCCACAGUGUUCGACUGUGCUCUGUUCUCUGCCACGUGUGCACUUUCAGAGCGCCUUUUCUACACCUGCUAUGUAACUGAAGACACAGAGGAUGAGGAAAACAAGCAGAAGCAUAAAGUGGAAGAAGCCGAUUUUUGCUCCCUUUUAUCAAAGAUCAAGAGCUAUAACAUCACAGCUGAAAUGAAGAGGCUCCUGAGCCUCCUGUAGGUACUCUGAACAUCUGAAACGUUUAACCGUUGCCACCAAAACUACA